AUUGGCCAAUCCUGAACCGCUCCCACUUCUGACGACAUUUAUGCUCUUCCGGGUGAAUGUAGCGGUGUCAAAGAAGCAACGUAAACAGAAAGGUCGGCUUAAUUAUUAUCUGCUUUGGUUUACCAGUUCCAACAUUUCUUCAUCUGUAUCUCUCCGCGACCCCAAACCCUUAAAUACAAUACAAUUAAGUUUGUUUAUGCUGGGACGCCAUGCUAACGGUAGCUUCUUGUGAUCAGCGGGAAGUUUUGCAGGAGUUAAGAUGACUCGGGGGGGAAGGAAGUGAGCAGGCAUGGGCUCUGUCCGCUGGGGUUUCCGCUGCGGGUCGUGGACACCGAGCAGGUCCGAAUGGUUGUUUGCUGCUCGGUGUGUCCAGCAAGAAGAGAAGGACAGGAUCGGACAGUUUGUCUUCGCUAAGGAUGCUAAGUCAGCGAUGGCUGGCCGGCUGUUGCUCAGGAAAUUUGUUUGUGAGAUGAUGGGAAUCCCCUGGUCACAGAUCAGAUUAAACAGAUCCCCUCGAGGGAAACCAUAUCUAGCUGCCCCUCUCCAGGUCACUACUGGUUCUGAUCCACCCUGGAGUUUCAACAUCUCCCACCAAGGCGACUAUGCUGUGCUUGCUGCACAGCAGGGGGCGCAGGUUGGAGUAGAUGUGAUGAAGACCACAAUGCCAGGUAGCAACUCCAUCCCGGAGUUUUUCCGCAUCAUGACUCGUCAGUUCACAGCGCACGAAUGGAGCACCAUCCAAUCAGCGGGCUCGGAGCGCCAGCAGCUUGCCGCGUUCUACCGCCACUGGACCCUGAAGGAGAGCUUCAUCAAGGCCAUCGGCACAGGUCUGGGUUUCAACCUGCAGAGGGCAGAGUUUCACCUGUCGCCCGAGCUGCUCACACAGGGCACAGUGCUGCGCCAGACCAAGAUGCAUCUGGAUGAGGAACCAGAGGAUUUGUGGAUAUUUGAAGGAAUUUCAAACCCUGUGCUGAUGCGUCUGUCGCUGUGCUCCUGCAGGAGAGUCUGCUGGACGCUGACCACCACGUUGCCGUUGCACUCGGACCAGCAGACGAGGCCGGCACCACACCUCUUCCUCCUCCCGCCGCGUUCACGCUGCUGUCGUUCGGCGAACUCGUUGCCUCGGCCUCGCCGCUGACAGAGGAAGACGCUGCCUACUGGGAAACCUUCAGCAUGAAGGCCGAGGCUCCGCAGAGACAGAGGGAUACAUAGAUAUCUGGCUGACAACCUGUCUCACGCUGACAUUCAACUGCCCAACACACACACACACACACACACACAAACCUUUCAGAAGUGCCAAAGAGGAAACACAAGUUCACUGACAUUGAAGCUGCUUUCUUAUUCCACACAAGUCCAGUCAAGUGCUGUCAAGUUUCUUUGCAGACCUAAAAAUCUGAAGUUUGCCUCCAAGGAAUCGGCACCGUCUAUCUUUGGAACUCUGCCGAAGAAGGAACGUCUUUCAACUCGCAGAAGCUGUUCAACUUUUCAUGCUGUUCGGAUUUGCGCUGUGCUUUACUUCCAGUAUUUUUUUUCCAGCAUGGUGAGGAUCUUUCUUGAAGAGCCUUAUUGAUAUUUGAUAGAUAAGUGGAAGAUAAAAGCAUGAACUUCGACCAAGGCAAAUUAUGGCAUAGAAGCGUAGAUAAUUACAUUUCUGACAUCUGAACUCACAGAUGAAAUAUAUGUUUCUACAGGAUACACAAAUUUAUUUUCCAAAGUGGUCUAAGUGUUAUUAUUUUAUUAAUCAAUUUCUUUUCCGUGACUCUCAUGAUACAGUAUGUUCGUUUGUCAAAAUCCGGGCUACAAUGUUGCAUUCAAUUAUAAAAUAACAAUGUUAAUAACUAUGAGUGAGACAUUUCUUUCCCUCACUAAGACUCUGGAUAAUAUUGAUGUAAAAUUUCAGUAGAAAUACAAAAACACUUCUGCCUUCUUACUUUUGUGCAUUUACAGAUUACAGUCUCCUUUAUUGGCAUUCUCUAGGCUUUUUCAGGCAGUUCCUUGCAAAAUCUGGAGAGAGGUGGAGUGGAUGUGUUGUUGAGGUUUGUUCCUAACUGAACAUUUACUGCAAAUACAGACAUGAAAUCUUUAUUUCAUGCCUUUAUCUACUAAAGACAUGAAAUAAAUCGUACUAAAUCCACCUUAGCUUUUAUAUUUGUGACGCUGCCACCGCAGUGUUUUCCUAACUGCAUAAUUGCUUCUUUAUGUUCUGAAAACGGAUGCUAAGAUAAUAAAAAAAAGUUCAUCAAGACAAAGACAAGAACAGUAGAAUCAUUCCCCAUUAGCAAAUCACCCACAGCCACUACAGCUUCCUUUUGGAAGGAGCCCCCUUCCCCCUCAGCAGUCUGGGGCCAGAGCAUCUGGGUUUCACAACUAAUGAGAAAAAAUGCAAAAAUGUGCACGAUAAUUCUCUGUCUUCCUGGAGGAAUUGCUGCAGCCCCUGAUCUCGUAAUUCCAAAGCGAACGAGGCUGUAAACUUUUCCUCAAACCUUCUUGUGUACUAAAGCCUCCUGAUUUUGAUCACAAAUUUCAAAUCUGUUUUCAGCGCAGUAACUUCCCUGCAGAACUGUCAAUACUUUAGCAUAGUGGCGUGUUAGGUGAUCGAGAUGGGACAAGAACUUAAAAGACGAAAACAGCAACAGCAGUCCUUGCCUGCAGCUGUGGUGAGUUUGUCUCUUU